AAGCUGAUGGAUGAUCAGAUCACUCAAACUCACGAAUUGACUUAAAGCGCAGAAUGUAGAUUUCGAUUCUCAACUUUGCCAGUUGGGAAAAACUUUCGUAAUCCCUCUUCUGUGUUCGCUAAACAAAACGACCAUUCCUGCCCAGAACAGUUCCCUAAGGCUGUAUUUGGAUUGGUGGAUUUAACUGGAUUUGGAUAAGUGCAAGACUAAUUCCGGUGGAUUGCUGUGGUCUGCCCUUCUAUAUCGUUGCCUAAUUCGAAGAGUUUCGCGGUAGCCCUCUGGGACACGGAUGGUCCUGCCUUUGAUAUCAUCAUUUCUUGUUUAUUCCAAAACCCUCUGUGUGUGUGUGUUUUUUUUAAUUUCAAUGAAUGAAAUCUAUACGGGAUGCGCAUGAGCUGUUUGUGUAUAUGUUUGAAUCAUUCUGCUGGUCGGUCAUAGGGAGAUGAAAACGCUGUAAGGGGCAUGUUUUAGACCAUGCAUUUCUAAAUCACUUGUUGAAUUUCAUUAAUUUCCAACCAUGUUAAGCACUUUCCGAAGAUUUUAAAUCUGUCCAUUAGAAAUUCUUUGUUAGGUUCAAGUCCACCGAUUCAAACAGAUACAAGAAUCAGAAUUCAAAAAUCGAUUCCCUUUUGCCCGUACCAUGGAAUCAGAACUUCCUACUUUGCUGAACAGCCAUGAGAUUUAGAAUAACUAAAAUUGAAAUUGGCAUCCGUGGUCAUUACAAAUUUUAUUGGUCCUCUCAUUGCUUGGCGGCGACCACAUUCUUUCUUUCUUGCAGCCCCAUUCCACCAACGAUUAACAAAGGAAAUCUGUAGCUACUUUUUUCAGUGCUUCCUUUUUGUGGCUGCAAAUUUUGUAUUCUGCUUCCAAAAGAAUCAAAUCCCAUUCUCGUGCGUUUACUUUCCAGGUGCACUCUGGACGAAGUACAACACAUAUAUAUAUAUAUAUAUGUGCAGAGGCAAGAGUGCCGAUUUAUAAAGUCAGCUGCAAUUGGCUUCUUCAGAACCCCUAAGCUCUUGAGCAUUUUCUCAACCAACUUCAGAUAUCUGUUAAUCUUCCCAUCUUUAAGAUAUGGGUUACCUCAACAGUGGAUCGGAUGAGAAUGUGCAGCAGACGGAUCCUGCGGCAGUGCUACGCAACGGGAGAGAAAUUUUAUUGCAGGCCUUCAACUGGGAGUCUCAUAAACAUGACUGGUGGAGAAACUUAGAGAAGAAAGUUCCUGAUAUUGCAAAAUCUGGCUUCACAUCAGCUUGGUUGCCUCCGCCAACUCAUUCAUUCGCACCUCAGGGGUAUACUCCACAGAACCUUUAUUCUUUGAAUUCUGCAUAUGGUUCUGAAUAUGUCUUAAAAGCUUUACUUAGUAAGAUGAAACAGUACAAAGUGAGGGCAAUGGCUGACAUAGUGAUAAAUCACCGAGUUGGGACUACCCAGGGGCAUGGUGGAACGUAUAACCGUUUUGAUGGGAUUCCAUUAGCAUGGGAUGAACGUGCAGUUACAUCAUGUACUGGGGGCCGGGGUAAUAGGAGCACAGGGGAUAACUUUCCUGGUUUUCCAAAUGUUGAUCAUACUCAACACUUUGUUCGGAAAGAUAUCACUGACUGGCUACGGUGGCUUCGCUACGAUGUUGGUUUCCAGGACUUUCGCUUCGAUUUUGUUAGAGGCUAUUCACCAAAAUAUGUGAGGGAAUACAUUGAAGGUGCGAAGCCAAUAUUUUCUGUUGGCGAAUACUGGGAUAGUUGCAACUACAAUGGCUGUAACUUGGACUACAACCAAGACAGUCACAGGCAAAGAAUUAUCAAUUGGAUUGAUGGUACAGGGCAACUGCCUACUGCUUUUGACUUUACAACGAAGGGAAUUCUCCAGGGAGCCGUGAAAGGAGAACUCUGGCGCCUCCGUGACUCUCAAGGGAAACCACCAGGUGUUAUGGGAUGGUGGCCAUCAAGGGCUGUCACUUUCAUUGAUAACCAUGACACAGGGUCAACUCAGGCUCACUGGCCUUUCCCUGCUAGUCAUAUUAUGGAGGGUUACGCCUAUAUACUCACACAUCCAGGGAUUCCAUCAGUAUUUUAUGACCAUUUUUAUGAUUGGGGAAAUUCCAUUCAUGACCAAAUCGUGAAGCUGAUGGAGAUUCGACGGUUUCAAGGCAUACAUAGCCGAUCCUCGAUAGAAAUCCUUACGGCACAGCCAAACUUGUAUGCUGCAAUGAUUGGUGAGAAAAUAUGCAUGAAGAUUGGAGAUGGGUCAUGGUGCCCAGCUGGGAGGGAGUGGACGCUUGCAGCUAGCGGCACCAGAUAUGCUGUCUGGCAAAAGUAGAUCCUUUUCUUUGUUAGUGGACUGCAUUUAGUUUUGGGAAAAGUGGGGGUGCUAACUAAGGGCAGCUACGAGCUAACCUUCUUUGAAUAAGGCUUUUAGUCCGUAAUAAAUUAGCAAUAAGACACUGCUGCAUACUUGGUUAUACAUUUGUAAUAUUGUAUCAGAUGUUGUCUUAUCUUGCGUCUUCUUUUUGUCAUUUUACUUGAUGACGAAAUAAAUAAAAAUGGUGCUUGCAAUUGCAUA